GGCAGAAAUGGCUGCAGUGAGAAGUUCCCUGUGACGUCUGCACUGGAACCAAACUGAAGGCCCUGAAGUCCUGCGUGGUGUGUCUGGUCUCCUACUGUGAGACUCACCUGGAGCCUCAUCUGACCACGUCAAUUCUGAAAAGACAUCAGCUGAUCGACCCUGUGGAGGACCUGGAAGGCAGGAUGUGUACGGAGCACGAUAAACCUCUGGAGCUGUUCUGUAAGACCGACCAGACCUUUGUCUGUAUGCUCUGCCAUGUUUCAGACCACAAGACACAUGAUGUUGUUCCUCUGAAAGAAGAAUAUAAAGGAAAAAAGGCAGAGCUGAAGAAGACAGAUGCUGAAAUUCAGCAGAUGAUCCAGAUGAGACGACUGAAGAUUCAGGAGAUCAAACAGUCUGUGGAGCUCAGUGAGCAAAAUGCAGACAGAGAGAUAGCAGAAGGUGUUCAGGUCUUCACUUCUCUGAAGGAGUCUGUUGAGAGAGGCCUGAAUGAGCUCAUCAACACCAUCAAAGAGAAGCAGAAAACAACAGAAAAACAGGCCGAAGCUUUCAUCACAGAGCUGGAACAAGAAAUCUCUGAGCUGAUGAAGAGAAGCACUGAGAUGGAGCAGAUGUUACGCUCUGAAGACCACCUCCAUCUUCUCCAGAGUGUCCAGUCGCUAAACAUCCAACAACCUUCACCCACCAAGAACUGGACAGAGGUCAGCGUCCGUUCAUCAUCAUCUGAGGGGACUAUGGUGAAAUCUGGGGUUCAGCUGGACAAGUCAUUCAGUAAACAGAUGAAGAAGCUGUUCGCUGUGUCUGAGCUGAUGAAGAGAAGCACUGAGGUGGAGCAGCUCUCACGCUCUAAAGACCGCCCCCAUUAUCUCCAGAGGACCCAGUCCCUAAACAUCCAACAACUUCCACCCACCAAGGACUGGACAGACGUCAGCGUCCGUCCAUCAUCAUAUGAAGGGACUGUGGUGAAAGCUGUGGUAAAGCUGGAGAAGACACUCAGUAAACAGAUUAAGAAGCUGCUUAAGUCUGAUCUGAAGAGUGUCCAGCAGUAUGCAGUGGAUGUGACUCUUGAUCCUGACACAGCACGUCCUGAACUCGUCCAGAGUUUCUCACUUUGAGUUUCAAGUUAAAGGAAAGACUGAUUGGAAUUUAGGAGUGGCCAGAGAGUCGAUCAACAG